AUGCCGUCUGAGGAUGCUAUUGUAAGCACGCAAGUGUCGCUGCACGACAAGAGCAGCAACAGCAGUCGCAGCAGCAGCAGCAAUAAUGAUAAUAGUAAAGUCAAGGCCGUUUACUCGACGCACUCUGUGCUUGAGGGCGUGCACUCGCUCGAGAGCAUCGAGUCGGCCAGUUUCGACCCGGAGUCCAAUAUCAGAGAGGACUUGAAGAGGGAUCUCUCGCCCAGACACAUCAACAUGAUCUCCAUUGCCGGUGUCAUUGGUACCGGGUUGUACCUGUCGACGUCGAAGUCUCUGCACGUCGGUGGGCCAGCGUCGCUGUUCAUGAAUUACAGUAUCUUCGGUGGUGUCGUGUACUUGACCAUGAUGUGUCUCGGGGAGAUGUCUACGUACAUGCCCAUCAGUGGGUCCUUCUGCUCGUACGCAAAGAAGUUCGGAUCCGAGUCGUUUGCGUGCGCCCUGAUGUGGAACUACUGGUUCAACGACGCAGUGUCCGUCGCUUCGGACCUGACCGCGCUGCAAUUGGUCCUUGACUACUGGAAGACAAAGGACCACCAUUUCCCCUACUGGGCAGCGUCCCUACUCUUCUGGGUGUUUGUCCUCCUGUUGAAUGUCAUUUCGGUGAGACUGUACGGGGAGGCAGAGUAUUGGUUGGCCCUUCUGAAAGUGAUCGCCAUCAUCAUCUUCUUCAUCUUGUCCAUCGUCGUCAACGUUGGGCACAACCCUGAACACAAGUACAUCGGAUUCCACAAUUGGAACCACGGAGACGCACCGUUCGUGAAUGGCUUUAAGGGGUUCGCAUCCUUGUUUGUCAGUGCGUCGUUUGCCUACGGUGGGACAGAGUCCAUCACUUUGACGAACGGUGAAGCGACAAACCCAGUGAGGAACACCCCAAAAGUGAUCAAAACGGUCUUCUGGAGAAUCCUAAUCUUCUACGUCUUCUCCGCAUUCUUCAUCGCCAUGAAUGUGCCCUACGACUACCCAGGCCUAGCGACCAAAUCCGUCAUGACUUCACCCUUUACGAUCGUCUUCCAAAUGGCAGGUUCAAAGGGCGCAGGGUCCUUUAUGAACGCUGUGAUCAUGACUAGUGUCAUCAGUGCGUGCAACCACGCACUGUUUGCUGGUUCACGUGUCAUGUACAACAUGAGUCUCGACGGAUACUUGCCCAAGUGGGUAACGAAGACGAAUAGAUACAAGGCCCCUUACGUUGCAGUGGCAAUCACUUGGGCGGUAGGUGGGUUGUGCUUUGGAGCCAGCUUUAUUGGCGCAGGGACGGUUUGGAUUUGGCUGCAGAAUAUUGUUGGUGUCUCCAACCAGAUUGCGUGGCUGUGCAUCGCCAUCACAUCCAUCAGAUUCAGAAGGGGACUCGAGCUUCAGGGGAAAACGCACGAGUUGAAGUUCAAAAACUGGACGUACCCAUGGGGACCUUACUUUUUGGUGGUUUUCGUAUCGUUUGUUAUCUUAAUUCAAGGAUGGUCUGCUUUCGACCCAUGGAGCACUUCGAAUUUCUUUUCUGUUUACUUGGAACUGUUCGUGUUCCCAGCUUGCUACUUGAUUUGGUGGCUGUACAAGAGGGACAAGUUUAUCAAGUACGAAGAUAUGGAUUUUGUCACAGAUAAGUAUAUCCCAAGUAAAAAAGUCAACGAGUUGAACGAAAGGUUGGAUAAUUUGAAGGGCUGGCCUAAAUGGAGACAGUACAUGAGUGACUAUUUUUUCUGA